AUGAGCAAAAUUGUACAUGACAAAACCGAAGCAAAUGUAUUAAAAGAGAGGAAGCAAAAACAUGGCGCAGUGAAAGAUGGAGCAAGUUACUGUCAAGAUGAGGGGAAUGUGAAGGUGGCUACCAGAGGCCACGACUUUUACAACAUUAUUUUUUUAUUACUGCUAUAUACUAUACAAGGCGUCCCGAUCGGUGUGUCGUCCGUCGUCCCCUUAAUAAUUCAAGAUAAAGUGAGCUACUCGCAGUUAAGUAUUUUGUCCCUAGUCAGCAUACCCUUCAGCUUGAAACUGCUGUGGGCCCCGCUUGUCGAUUCUGUGUACCAUAAAAAAAUAGGGAGAAGGAAAAGUUGGAUAAUCCCGCUUCAGUUAAUUUGUAGCUUUUCCAUGAUUUUCUGUGGGAAUCAUGUGAGCGUGUGGUUAGGGGAAAGGGGCAACAUCGCGAAUUUGUACUUCUUAACCUCCUUCUUCUUCGUGCUAUUCUUUUUGAUGGCCACCCAAGAUAUAGCUGUCGAUGGAUGGGCGCUGACUAUGUUAUCCGAGGAGAACAAGGGACUAGCCUCCACCUGCAACAUCCUUGGACAGAACAUCGGCUACUGCGUGUCACAGUUGUCUUUCCUAACGUUAAACAACAAGAACAUCUGCUUCUACAUUUUUAGGAAGUACAUAGAGUGCAUGCACUCCAUGUUUAACCACUCUAGCCAUUACAGGCAUUUGCACGAAACCAUGGACAUGAUAUAUCCCUCCUUUCAACCCUUUGUUGAUAUGAAUAUCUUUUUAAAAUUUUGGGGAGUAUUUAUUCUGGCGCUGACUAUAUUGACUUGCUUUAAAAAAGAAAUGAUGGACGAUAAUGGGAAGGAGAAGAAUGAUAAUGGCGUGGGAAGCAGUACGCCGAGUAAAAAGUAUAACAAGUACCCUAGUGUAAGAGACGAACACAACGAAAACUCAAACGAGUUCGCCAACUCAAAGGAUACGUAUAAAAACUUGUACCAACUAAUAUUCCUACCACCGAUGAAAAUAUUUAUUUUUAUAUUCCUCAUGAUCCGAGUUCCAUUUGCCUCCGUGGAGGUGGGCACCAACUUCAAAAUGUUGAAAAAGGGCAUCAGCAAGGAAGAGUUUGCAAUUUUCAAUCCAUUUUUCAUACCUAUAUCAAUUAUAUCAUCAGCCAUAAUAGGGAAAAUUACAAAAAAUGUUAAACCCCUUAAUAUAUACUACUACGGUUACUUAUUAAGAUACCUUUCGAAUAUUAUUUUGUCUACACUUUUACCACUGACGGAGUAUAUAUAUUCGAACAAGACACAUCUCCCUCAGGCUUAUUUGUAUUCCUACUACCUGUACAUUUUUAUUGCACAGGUUUUUAAUCACUUUUGUAUCGACCUCAUGACUGUGUCAUCGAUGAGCUUCCAAAAUAUAAUUUCAGACCCCGAAAUUGGUGGAACCUACAUGACCUUCCUAAACACUGUUAACAACAUGGGAUCACACUGGUCAACCAUAUUUUUGUGGCUUCUGGAUUAUACAGACAGAACAGUGUGCUACGGAGGGAAGUGCCUGUUGAUUGAUGGCUACUACACGCAAAUGGUGUUUUCUUUCAUCGUCGGGAUACUCAUAAACAAGUACAUAACGAGGUGCAUCACGAAGCUCCAGGCCUUCCCCAUAGAAGACUGGAGGACGAAUAGCAGCAGCAGCGAAAAAAAAAUAAAAUGA